GAGAGAAUGCAGCUCCGCCAUGGACGAUCGCUCAUGCCGGGAGGCACUCAGAUCGACAAGGUCACUGCUCUAGCGUGGAGCCCUAACAGUCGGAGGCUCGCCGUCGCGACAUUGAGCCGGAUUGUGAAUCUUUUCGAUGAGAAUGGUGAGCUCAAGGAUCGCUUUGCUACAAAACCUGGUGAUCCAAAGGGCUCGAAACAUUAUGCAGUGACAUCGAUGGUGUUCUCUAGCGACAGCACAAAGCUAGCGAUCGGCCAAAGUGACGAAAUCGUUUUUAUUUACAAGCUCGGACUGGACUGGGGUGAGAAAAAAUCCAUUUGUAACAAGUUUCAAGAGGCCUCGUCCGUUGUAAGCAUAAUCUGGCCUCUGUCUCGCCAACAGGAGAUUUUCUAUGGUCUCACUGAGGGAAAGGUGAAGAUUGGACAAUUGAGAACAAACAGGAGCCAUACAGUGUAUGCUCACGGAAGCGGUAGUGCGGUGGUCAGUCUGGCCUCUAGCACAGAUGGUUUCUCAUGCCUUGCUGGUCACUUAGACGGCUCCAUAUACAAUAAGUGUUUUGUUGUUCGGCCUGUGUUAUAUUAUCUCCAGCCUUCGUGUGUCGCAGGUACAGUGCCACUGGUGAUAGCUUGGGGAAAAGCCAUAGCAGUUGCUGGGCCGGAUUGUAAGGUUACUUUGUAUGACUCAAAUGGAGUUGUCAGCCAGAAUUUCGAAUAUAGCGGAAAGGUUUCUCAUGAGUUUUGCUCGGGAUCAUUCCAUCCCAGCGGAGAUACGCUUGCCUUGGGACACUUUGGCGGCUUCAAAAUCUUCAGCUGGGAUCAAUCUGGCCGAUGGAAUCUUAUUCUGGACAACGUUGUGGAGAACCUGUAUACUGUAUCAGCCUUAACGUGGAAUCCAGACGGCAGUCAGCUUGCUGUCGGGACAUUGUGUGGGAAGCUAGAUGUUUUUGAUUCAUGCAUGCGCAGGCAACGGUAUCUUGGAAAAUUUGAACUCACAUAUAUUACGAAGAGUCAGGUUCUCAUAACGAAAUUGGCUGUCGGAAUCAAGACGGUUAUUGGCUCGCAAUUUGGACUCGAAAUUACAAAAAUUAACAUCUACAACGAGCAGUAUCUCGUGGCACAUACCUCGGGGACUAUUAUCUUAGGUAAUUUUGAAACUGGAAAGAUAUCUGAGAUAUCAUGGCACACUAGUGGAAAUGAAAAGUUUUUGCUCGAGCAUCCAUUUGCAUGUAUUAUGUAUGAUGCGGGAGAGGUGGUUGUUAUCGAAUAUGGUUUUAACGAAGUGUUAGGGACCUGUCGAACUGAGGAUUUCGACCCAUCGUUAAUCAGCUUAUCCAUCACGGGCUCUACGAUCACGGGAAAAGACGAAAUCAAAAGGAUUGCGUACCUUAUAGACAUUCAAACUAUUCGAGUGCUAGAUCUUUUGAGUGGGUUAACAGUUGGGACAGCAAACCACACCUGUAAAAUUGAGUGGCUCGCUUUGAAUCCACAGUCUACGUACCUGCUGUUCCGUGAUGCGAAACGCCAACUUCAUCUGUUUAAUAUAAGCUCGGAGGAGCGCACUAUGUUGCUAAACCUGUGUACAUUUGUACAAUGGGUUCCUGGGAGUGAUGUAAUAGUCGCUCAGAACCAAAACAAUCUUUACGUGUGGUACACUAUAAAAAACCCGGAGCAAGCUACCAUUUUUCAAAUGAAGGGGGAAGUUACGGGAAUCGAGAGAGGACAAGAGCGAACUGAAGUGAUUGUGAGUGAAGGCAUAAACACGGUAACGUAUGUCUUGGACGAGGCUCUUAUCGAAUUUGGCGUGGCUUUAGAAUGUCUGGACUAUGGCCGUGCGGUCUCAAUUCUCGAGUCGCUGGAAUUUACUGCUGAGAUUGAAGCCAUGUGGAAACAGCUGGCGGAAAAGUCGUUUGAAAACAUGGAGUUAGCAUUUGCUGAAAGGUGCUAUGCAGCUCUAGGUGAUGUAUCCAAGGCUCGCUAUCUUCACAAGGUCAAUAAGCUGAUUGAGGCUAGCCCUCCCGAUCAAGCUGUAGGAGCUGACAAUUAUCUCGUGAAGGCAAAGCUUGCAGUUCUUCAGCAUCAGUGGAAGAUAGCUGAAGGUAUUCUGCUGGACCAUGGGUCCAUUGCAGAGUCCAUACAAAUGUAUACAGAGUGUCACAGGUGGAAAGAAGCAAUAGCUGUUGCUAAAAGUCAGACCUACGCAGGUUGUGAAGAGCUUCAGGAUCGUUACUUCAAAUGGCUCUUGCAGACGAACCAGGACGAGGAAGCAGGGAAGGUGAAAGAAACGGAAGGUGAUGUCUUAGGCGCGAUUGACUUGUUCUUGGAUGGAGGUCUUCCUGGCUGUGCUGCAGAGUGUGUUCAACGUCACUCUACGUACCAGUUCCAGAGUGACACACUGGAACGUAUUGCAGAAGCGCUCGUUCGAGCUAACAUGUUUGAAGAGGCAGGCAAGUUUUUGGAGCUGCUGCAUCAAUUUUCUAGAGCCAAAGAUGCCUACGUCAAAGGCCAUUCAUAUAGCUGUGCAAUUGAUCUUGCGCGACGACAUUUUCCGAGUGAAGCAGCUCGCCUAGAAGAAGAAUGGGGGGACUGGUUGGUUUCAAAACGGCAGGUUGAUGCAGCAAUCAGUCACUUUAUUGAAGCGGGUUGUGGCAGGAAAGCCAUCGAAUCUGCACUGUCUGCUUCACAGUGGCAACGAGCCGUAUAUAUUGUGGAGACACAAGAUCCUAAAGUCUCUUUCCCUUUCUACCAGAGACUUGCAGAACAUUUUGAGUCGACGAAGCAGUUUGCCGAAGCAGAGAAAUUCUUUAUACAAGCGAAACUCCCGCAAAGAGCAAUAGAAAUGUAUUUACGAUGCGGCAGGCUGCAAGAAGCGAACAAGGUUUCCUCCAAGUACUUAUCAAGUACAGAAGCAUCCGCAUUAUAUCUCGAAUGGGCCGGCCGCUUGGAGGCUGCGGGCGAGCUUAAAGAAGCCGAAAAUCUCUACGUACACGCUUCUGAAUAUGACAUGGCAAUCAACAUGUACAAGAAAGCACGGCUCUUCGAUGAUAUGCUGUUGUUGGUAUCGACCUACCGUAAGGAUUCCCUGAAUGAAACUCAUCUAUAUCUUGCGGAACAGCUUGAAAAGGAAGGUUCGUACUUAGAAGCUGAGAGACAUUACCUGGAAGCUCAAGAUUGGAAGACCUGUGUAAAGAUGUUUAGUCAGCACGGAAUGUGGGAGGACGCAAUGCGUGUUGCAAAGCAGUUUGGUGGAAUGCAAGGAGCCAAACAGGUUGCUUAUGCGUGGGCAGUGUCACUUGGUGGAGAAGCUGGGGCAAAUUUACUUGCAAAGCUGGGACUUGUUGAACAGGCUCUCGACUAUGCUCUAGACUCGUGUGCAUUUGAUCACGCUUUUGAUCUAUGUCGUUCUUCCAUCAAGAGCAAACUUCCAGAGGUGCACCUAAGAUUUGCUAUGUCCCUUGAAGACGAAGGACGCUUCGGAGAGGCUGAAGACCAAUUUAUUAAAGCUGGAAGACCAAGAGAAGCUAUCGACAUGUAUUUGCAUCAGCAAGAUUGGCAAGCAGCCCUUCGUGUUGCAGAUCUCUGUGAGCCGGCAGCAAUAUCCGAUGUCCGAGUAGCGCAAGCGGAACACCUUCUGAGUAAAGACGAGAUAUCAAAGGCGGAAACACUCUUCUUGAAGGCCAAGAAGCCUGAACGUGCUAUAAACAUGUACAAAGAUAGAAUGCGAUGGGAAGAUGCCAUUCGGGUUGCUCAGGCACAUCUUCCUAUAGCCGUCUCGGACAUCCAUCAUGAAAUGGCGGCGUAUCUGCAUAACCAUUCAGAAAGUCUGGAAGCUAUCCUUAUGCGGGCGAAAACGAUGGAAAACAAUCGGCACUACUCGGAAGCUAUAGAUUUUUACCUUCAAGUCGAUAGAAGGCACGUGACAGACUUUCCGGAGCUCCAAAAGAUAUGGGAGAAGGCCGUGACAUUGGCCCAAGCAUCUGUGCAGACGCGCUUGCCAGAAGUUGUAGGCACUAUUGCUCACAAGAUGACUAGUAUGGGAAAAUACGAAGAAGCAGUGAAGCUCUACGAGGACAUCGACUUUCAUAGAGAGGCAGUGGACAUGUGUAUAACUUUUGGCCUCUGGGACCAGGCAAGAAAAGUCGCUGAGUCUGACCCACGUCUUCAGCAGUUUGUGGAUGAGCAGUAUAAAGAGCAUUUGAUGAAAAAAGGAGAAGCAGAACAACUAGCAGAGAUAGGAAAUGUCUCAGAAGCGGUUGAACUUUACAUCCAACAGUCAAACUGGCAAAAGGUUCAUGAGCUUUCGAGCCUUCUUGGACCCGAUUCGGAAAGAGAAUCCUCGUUCAGGCAUGCAAAACAGUGUCUGGAAGAUAUGAAGCUGUCCGAGGCUGUUUCAGUUUUAGCACAGUAUGGUGUCCCAAUGACCAUUGACGCGUACGAAUUUUGCUGCUCGCUUGCCUACCAAGUAUUGGGGUCAAACGAGGGCCUCGUUGAGAAAAUGCGCGACAUUCUCUUCCAACUGUUUUCUAAUAUUUCACAAACUAUGACUGCCACUGUUUGUCCGAUACUAAUGGAGAUCGAGAAGCUGUUGUACAUAACAAACUAUCUUGCGUUACGACAAGCAGCUGAAGCACAGGACCUUCCUGAGAUUACGGCCAAGCUUAGUGUUUCGCUGCUGCGUUACAUUGAUGUCAUAUCAGCUGAUGAAGCGUUUUACCAAGCUGGAAUCGCUUGCAAAAAGGUUGGUUGGCAAAACAUGGCAUUCGUUUAUCUCAACGACUACCUUGAUAUAGCGGAAUCUAUCGAGCUUCAGACCGGGGAAUGUACAUUUGACACGUCUGGCUUGGAUACGAGUGAUAUCCCUCGAUCAUUCCCUGUUCCUCAAAAGCACUACUUGGAAGAGAAUCAACGGGAACAAGUUCGAGACUGGUUGAUCCAACUAAGCAUGGAUCAACAGGUAGAACCCGUUCUUCCAACGAGAUCCUGCGAUAGAUGUAGCGGCGAAAUAUACGAAGCAAGCCUCACCUGUUUCUAUUGCAAACUUGAAAGCAAGCCGUGCUGUGUAACAGGCUACCCCGUGCUGCAACACUCACAGUCUUGCAAGUACUGUGAGAUGCCUGCCAACAGAAGCGAUUGGAACAACUACAUUCAACGCUUUAAAACGUGUCCGUGGUGCCGAGAGAAGCAACACACGUAGCUUUCCCAGGUACGAAGAAGUUUAAUACUUAGUGCGCGCGUCAUACAAGCUCUUGUUAAGCAGUUAGUCUAGUUCUAGUCCCUCUCAGUUUACUCUGCUGGGUCCCUUGCUCCACUCACUGUAAGUCGAGUUGAUGUGAUCAUCUUCCAACCUCUCUAGUAAGCUGUGAGUGAUCGCGAGCGAUUUAAUUUUGCCGGUCAAAGCAAGCAAGCAGAAAGAGAAAGCAUAGUGGCGACUGUUCUCUCAAGAAU